CCCAGCCCGGCCCGCAGCCCCCGGCCCGGCUGCCCGCGCCCGGCCGGCCCAAGGCAGGCAGGAGGCGCUACAAGACCUUCAUGAUCGACGAGAUCCUCUCCAAGGAGACCUGCGACUACUUCGAGAAACUUUCGCUGUACUCCGUGUGCCCGUCGCUCCUGGUCCGGCCCAAGCCGCUGCACUCCUGUGCCGGCUCCCCCUCUCUGCGGGCGUACCCUCUCAUCUCGGUCAUCACCCGGCAGCCGCCCGCCGUGCCCCCGCUGCUCCCGGCGCCCAGCAGCUCCCGGGGGCUGCCAGCCCAGCCCUGCCCGGGGCUCACGGGCACCGAGGGCUCCCCAGGAGAGCCCCAGGGCAGCAGCGAGUCGGAGACAGAGCAGCCCACGCCGCGCUCCAAGAAACCGCGCCGGAGUAGGACCAUCUUCACCGAGAUCCAGCUCAUGGGCCUGGAGAAGAAAUUCCAGAAGCAGAAGUACCUCUCUACCCCYGACAGGCUCGACUUAGCCCAGUCCCUGGGGCUGACUCAGCUGCAGGUGAAGACGUGGUACCAGAACCGUAGGAUGAAGUGGAAAAAAAUGGUGUUGAAGGGUGGACAGGAAGCUCCAACAAAGCCCAAAGGCCGUCCGAAGAAAAACUCCAUUCCCACCUUGGAGGAGAUCGAAGCAGAGGAGAAAAUGAACAGCCAGGCUCAGAGUCAGGAGCUGGAGGGAUCUCAAGCCUCMGAGGAGCCAAAACUGACAGAGGAGAAGCCAGAAGAUGUCCCAUUGGAGACAGAGAAGUCUCCAGAACAUAUACCAGAGCCUUCCUCAGAGGAGACCACACCUUUAAGUUAAAAGGGAGAGAAAGGAGGGGAAAAGAAAAGCAAAAAAAAAAAAAGAGAAAAACCAAAACCAAAUAUAUAUAUGUAUAUAUAUAUAUUUAAAUAUGUAUGUAAUGGUGUGUGUGUACAUAUAUAUAUAAAUAUAUAUAUAUAUAUAUGUAGACCUUGUGUAUAAGUCUAAAGAUUGGUCACUUUGUGCCUUUGGGAAUCAGCCAUCAKGGGCCAGGUGGAACAAAGACAUCCUGUGGGAGUGGUGCCUGAGCCCUCCUGUGGAGAGGGCCAGGGCCAGGACAUUUCCAGGGAAAAGCAGAGCUGGAACCCSCAGACAGCUCCUGGAGAAGCCCAGGGCUCUCCCAGGCAGUGGGAGACGUGUGUGGCUGUGCUGGAGGGUUGGGAUKUUCCCUUGGCUUGAUCCUUGCCUUGUGUGGGACAAAGAGCUUGGCCUGGGCUCCAAAUCAGGGACAGCUGARGAAUGGCAGCUCUGACAGCACCAUCUCCUCGUGGAAACAGCACUUAAUGUUGUCAGGGAUGGGCCCGACUUAAACCAUUUUAGGAAACRGUUCAGAACUCCAGGUUUGCUUUGACCCUGUUCAGAUCAAAGCUUCCAAAGGCAGAUCCAUGCCUGGAUCAGCUCCAAUUGCCUCUCCUUGGGUUGGUUUUGUGCCGUGUCGGUGAAUUUGCAAUGACCUGGGAUAAAACUUGGAUUGAGAUGAGCAUUUGGAUAUGAGUCUGCUCCAAAAGCUUUGGGAUGCUUGGAUUUGGGAUUUUGCUUUGGACCCACUUCUAAUUUUUGUAGGGAUUUUUAAAAUGAACUGUUAAAUGUUUUCAGGGUUUGGGGGAAAUGAUGGAUUUCCAAAGUUGCUUCAGGAAGCUGGCAUUUGUUUAGGAUGUGUGCCAAGAAAGGAUGUGCAUCAUGUUUCAGAGAGUCUUGUUAAGGGUGCAUUUUGCCCAAAGGCUGCAAGAGAUGUAUUAAGAUAACCUUUAUUUUUUAAUUAAAAAUAAAAUAUAUAAAUCAAACAGUUGUUAUUG